GCGACGAUGACGUCAUCACCUGCGCGCUCACAACAGCCAGCUUCGAGUCUCGUGAGGCGAGCAGUUCGCGGUACUUCACGUGUUUACAUUAUUGUAAAACCUAAAACACACUUAACCGUUUAUUUAAGCAACAUCCAAAGAGAUCAGCUCCUCCUACUGCACAGUGAAGCUCCUCCCACAACAAGCACACCUUCAGUGAAGCUCCUCCCACAACAAGCACACCUUCAGUGAAGCUCCUCCCACUGCAGUUCAUCAAUAAAUGCUGGGAUAUUCCCAUCAGUCUACAAGUGAAGACGAGCAUCAGAGCAUCAGGAAGAAGUGAAAUCUGCAGAGACAGAGUUUAUUGAAGGACAGAGAGAACAUGAGAGAUCCAGAACCCUGCAGAAUCAAACACACUGAAGAACAAACAGAAUUGACUGAAGAUAAUGAGGAGGAUGAAGAACUGCGUGAAGAGGAGGAGAAACAUCAUGUCAAAACUGGAGAAAAACCUUUGAGUCGCUCUCAAACCAAACCAAAAAAAGAUUUUAAGAAAAUAAGAGAUGAGAAAUCGUUCACCUGCCCUCAGUGUGGAGAGAGUUUGACAAACAAACAGAGUCUCGUGAUUCACAUGAGAGUUCAUGCAGGAGAGAAAUUGUUAACAUGUAAUCAAUGCGGGAAAACAUUUUUGUGGGCUUCAGCCCUGAAGAGUCACCUGAUAGUUCAUUCAAAGGAGAAACCACAUUCAUGUUCUGUAUGUGGAAAGAGUUUUUCACUUCUAAAUAAUUUAAAAGCUCAUCAGAAAAUACACACUGGUGUGAGAGAUCAUAUGUGCUUUGAGUGUGAGAAGACUUUUAUUACAUCUAGUCAUUUGAAACGGCACCAGAGGAUCCACACUGGAGAGAAACCUUACAAGUGUUCACACUGCGACAAGAGAUUCAUUCAUUCAGAAUCACUGAAAGCACAUGAGAGGAUUCACACCGGAGACAGACCUUACAUGUGUAAUCAGUGUGGUAUGAGUUUCAGACAAAAAACUCAACUUAAGGUGCACAUGAGAGUUCACACUGGAGAGAAACCGUUCACAUGUGAUCAGUGUGGGAAGAGUUUUGCACAAUCAGCAAAGCUGAAGAGACACAUGAAGAUCCACACUGGAGAGAAACUGCAUGAAUGUGAUCAAUGUGGAAAAACAUUUUUGUGGGAUUCAGGCCUGAAGAGUCACCUGAAUGCUCAUUUAAAGGAGGAGAAACCACAUUCAUGUUCUUUGUGUGGAAAGAAAUUUUCACAUCUGCAGAAUUUAAAACUACAUCAGAAGAGACACAUGGAUGUGAGAGAAUAUAUGUGCUUUGAGUGUGAGAAGACUUUUGUUACAUCUACAGAACUGAAACAGCACGAGAGGAUCCACACUGGAGAGAAACCUUUCAUGUGUUCACACUGUGACCAGAGAUUCAAUCAAUCAGAAACCUUGAAAAGACAUGAGAAGAUCCACACUGGAGAGAAACCUUACACAUGUGAUCAGUGUGGGAAGAGUUUUAGACAUAAAGAUCAACUUAAGGUGCACAUAAGAGUUCAUACGGGAGAGAAACCAUAUCACUGCACUGCAUGUGGGAAGAGUUUUGCUCGAUUAAUUUCUUUACAUAAGCAUACAAAAAAAAUUCACAGUAAAUAGAUUAUCUUCAGAUCCAGCAUUUUCAGGUCUGACACCACAUCAUCACCAGACAUGACACAAUAAUGUGUUGAUCUAUACAUUUGCUUCUGUACAAAUCAGUCCUAAUCAACAUAACAAUUGACAGGGAAAAUAAACAUCAUCUGUUAAUUUCUAUACUGCAAAUGUAUCACCUCUAGUUUGUUUGCUCCUCUAUGAAGGGAAGGUGUAUUUGUAAGGUUUUUUUAUUAUUAUUAUGGGGAAUUUUUUUUGGUUUUUUUUUUUUGUUUUUUUUUACAGCGCAGGAUGCAGUGCAGUGGGAAAAACUGAUUUCCAGAGUUAUGAGGUUUUCGGUUUCUGAGAUUUUUAAUGUCAGUGGGAUCAGCAUACAUGAAUAUUCAUGCAUUUUCCGGACAUGCAUGUGGAACUGAGCUUUUUAUUUUACUCAGGUUAGUUUCAGCAGGUUUAACAGAACAUUUCAAAAACAACUAUUUUCAUAGUUCCACAGCCUUAUGCCUAAACUUGUUCAUCAUUUCACAAAAGUUUAAUGUCUUUAUGGGUAACACUUUACAAUACAGAUGCAAAAAUAUGCAUUCAUUCAUGCUUAACAGAUAAUCACAAGUUAAUGUAUAACUCUUGAAGAACUAAACCAUUUAUUAAUGAUUACUACAUUAGCAACUAAUUAACAUUCUAUAUGAUUCAUGGGUUAAGAAAUAAAUUAUUAGUUAAAUGUUAUGGUGUAUACAAAGAAAAGGUGUAUUAGUCGGUUUCUGUGGGCAUGUGGGCAUAUUGGGAAAUGAAACCGCUGAUGAAUUGGCAAAAGAUCCUUUUUAAAAAGGAAGAAGUAGAUGUUAAUGUUGCUUUAAGUAAAGGUGAAGUUUAAACUAUAAUUAUGGAAAAUAUUUUAAAGGGAUUGGCAAGAAAUAUGGGACUCAGAUAAUAAGGGGAGGCAUUUAUUUAAUAUUAAAAGAAUGUUAAUUAAAUUAAACACUAGUGCUAGAUACAGGAGUGAACAAGUCAUAAGGAUAAGACUUCGACACAGGACUGAAUGCAUCACUAUUACUGGUGCACAUCAGAAUGGUUUCUGUGUGUAUUGUGGGGAGAAAGAAACAAUUAGUAUGUAAUAUACGAUUGUAAAAAAAAAAAAAAAAAUACUCUCUAAUCCAGUUGGUCUCUGAAACUGCCAGUCUGCUGUUAACAAUGCAGAAUUUAUUUCUUCUAUUGCUACUAAUUCCGGUCUCAACCUCAUUGCCCUAACUGAGACUUGGAUCAAACCUGAAGACACUGCUACUCCCGCAGCCCUCUCCACUAAUUUCACUUUUUCCCCACACCCCUCGCACGAUGUGGGUGGAGGUACUGGUCUCCUUAUCUCAAAUGAAUAGAAAUUUGAUCUUCAACCAUCUCUUAAAGCCAACAGUUCAUUUGAAUCACAUGCAAUUACUAUUACC